AUGGACCGAUGGCACGGGCAGAGCCCCUGUCCAGGCAGGGAGUGGCAUGGCGGGCACCUAAAGCUGACAGACUUUGGCCUUUCCCGCCACCUGCGCCGAGGGGAGCGGGCUUACACCAUCUGUGGGACCCUGCAGUACAUGGCCCCAGAAGUGCUGAGCGGAGGCCCCUACAGCCAUUCUGCUGACUGGUGGUCUCUGGGCAUCCUGCUCUUUACCCUGGCUACUGGGAAGUUCCCAGUUCCUCCAGAGCGAGACCACCUGGCCAUGCUGGCGAGCGUGAACCGCUGCAGCUACGAGAGCCCAGGCUCCCUGAGCCGGGGGCUGUCCCUCCUGCUCAGCGAGCUCCUGUGCCGAAACCCCCUGCGGCGCCUGCGCUACCUCCACCACUUCAAGAGCCACCUCUUCUUCCGGGGCGUGACCUUUGACGCGGAGCUCCUGCAGAAGCACCCGGUGGAUGUCGUCGUGGCUGCGCGGCAAGCGGAGGCGGCGGCCCUGGAAUCCUCCGUCGCCUUUGCAGACUUUGACUGUGACCUCCUGGCCUCCCUGAGCCGCCCCUGGCCUGGCUGAGGCAGAGCUGACCCGCUCCUCUGGCCCUGCUGGAGCCCUGGACACAUUUGAGGCUCCAUCUCGUUACCGUUUGCAGGCUGUGACCAGGACCUACAUGGCCAGCCAGGAGCACCAUUCGAUCUGCUCAGGAACCCCCUCUC